GUUAUUUCUAUCUUUCCUUUUCAGAAAACCCCGACAGCUCAUGCCAUGAAGGAGGAGAACUUUCUUCGUCGCAGGUUCUCCCUCUGCCCAGCCUCAUCCACCCCUCAGAAGGUUGAUCCUCGCAAGCUGACGCGCAAUCUGUUCUUCGGGGCCGACAAUGAUAUCUAUCCACUCAGUCCAGGAAAAGAUGUGGAAGGAAACAGCCCAUCGAUGCUGAAGGAUGAGACUCCGCAGACACCAAACUCAGUUAGCAAGAUCGAAUAUAAGUUUUGCAAUGGAUCUGACAAAGAGUGUGUGUCUCCCACAGCCAAAUUCACUAAAAAGGAAACACUGAAGGUCCAAAAAAAAAAUUACAGACAGGAGAAGAAAAGAGCUACCAAACAACUCUUCAGUGCUCUGAAGGAUCCCAGUGUAGUGAUCACAGCAGACUGGCUGAAGAUUCGUGGGACCCUGAAGAGUUGGACCAAGCUGUGGUGCGUUCUGAAACCUGGAGUGUUGCUGAUUUAUAAGACGCCAAAGAUCGGACAGUGGGUUGGGACAAUCUUGCUCCAUUCUUGUGAGCUGAUCGAGAGACCCUCCAAAAAGGAUGGCUUCUGUUUUAAACUUUUUCAUCCUUUGGAUCAGUCAAUCUGGGCUGUAAAGGGCCCGAAGGGAGAAAACGUUGGUUCCAUCACUCAGCCUCUUCCCAGCAGCUACUUGAUUUUCAGAGCAGCCUCUGAAUCAGAUGGCCGAUGCUGGCUGGAUGCUCUGGAACUUGCCCUGCGUUGCUCCAGCCUCUUCCGGCUCAGUGCCUCCAAGCAGGGGAAGGAUGGAGAAAUGAAUGGCUCAAGUGAUUCUGCACAUGCAGGGCUCAACAACAUCUUGCACACAAGCACCAUCUCGGACCAGGAGUUCUUCCAUUUGAACGAUUCGGCCCUGGAGAACCACCACCAGUUGGAAAAUGAUGCUUUUUCUGACAAGUCUGAGAGAGACAAUGUGGAAGAAUCGGAGAAUGAAACACAGGAGAACAGCCGGAAAACAAAUGAAAGCGAGAGCGAGCAGUCAGAGAUCCAUGGAGAAGUUUCUCCAGAAAGGAAAGGAACAACUUACGUUGAACAGAUCUAUGAAGAAUUUGGGGAGACAGGUGAAUCAUCUCAAACAGAAACUGUCUCUGAGGAGAACAAGAACCUGAUGUGGAUCCUGCUGAAGCAGCUGCGGCCUGGCAUGGAUCUGUCUCGGGUGGUGCUGCCCACCUUCAUCCUGGAGCCACGCUCAUUCCUGAACAAGCUCUCCGAUUACUAUUACCAUGCUGAUCUGCUUUCCCAGGCUGUUCUUGAAGAUGAUCCAUACAGUCGAAUGAAGCAAGUUUUGAGGUGGUAUCUGUCUGGCUUCUACAAAAAGCCAAAGGGAAUAAAAAAGCCAUACAACCCUAUUCUUGGCGAGACAUUUCGCUGCUGUUGGUUUCAUCCUCAGACGAACAGUCACACGUUUUACAUAGCAGAACAGGUCUCCCAUCAUCCACCAGUGUCAGCUUUUCAUGUCAGCAAUAGGAAGGAUGGGUUUUGCAUUACUGGCAGCAUUCUAGCACGAUCCAAGUUUUAUGGUAACUCACUUUCUGCAUUGCUGGAUGGGAAGGCAAAGCUUAUGUUUCUAAGCAGAGGGGAAGAUUACAUAAUUACAAUGCCAUAUGCCCACUGUAAAGGAAUUUUAUAUGGUACCAUGACAAUGGAGCUUGGAGGGAAAGUUACCAUUGACUGUGAGAAAACUAACCACAGGGCAGAACUGGAAUUCAAGCUUAAGCCCUUCUUUGGUGGCAGCACAAGCAUUAAUCAAAUCUCUGGGAAGAUUAAAUCAGGAGAAGAAGUGCUAGCAAGUCUCGAUGGACACUGGGAUGGGGAAGUACAUAUAAAUGAGUUGAAAAAUGGGAAUGUAGAAGUGUUCUGGAACCCAACUAGUGAAGUACGAAAACAGAGACUGAAGCGCCAUAUUGUGCUAUUUGAGGAGCAGACUGACUUUGAAUCAGAAAGGUAAGAAGCCCUGGGUGUGUCUCACU